UUACUGAGUUUUGAGUUUUUUAUGUUAACACUUCACACUCCACCCCGGUAAGUGGCGGAAAAGCUGGUUUGCCAACCGCCAUUAAAUAUAAAGAAGAAGAAGAGUAGCGUUUUAUUUCCGGAAGCAGAGAGCACAUGGCCAUAUGUCAUAGGGUUAGAUUGGAAUAUGGCCCACUCAGACUCUGUAAAAGCAAGUGUGCCGUCGUAUUUGAAGGAGGCACAGAUGAUUAAACAGGGCGCAGAAGCCCGUGUCUAUCGAGGUACGUUUUUGGGUCGGUCCGUGAUCAUUAAAGAGAGAUUCCCAAAACUAUAUCGCCACCCUGACGUCGAUGAGAAACUGACGCGCCGCAGAACCACACAAGAGGUGCGAUCCAUACUGCGAUGCAGAAGAGCAGCAGAAGAAAGAACAAGUUUGGAACAACUUCAGGGUAUCAACGCACCCAUUGUUUAUUUCGUUGACUACACCACUCACUGCAUUUUCUUGGAGGAUAUUAUUCACUCAGUGUCAGUAAGAGACCACAUUGUAUCCGUUCAAGCUUUAGAACAAAACCCACAGCAUCUCCAGACUUUAGCAGACAAGAUUGGUGAAAUCCUGGCUCAGAUGCAUGAUGAAGAUGUCAUCCAUGGUGAUCUCACAACCUCCAACAUGCUCCUGGUCAGUGGAGCUGAAGACCAAAAUAUUAAGCUGGUUCUGAUUGACUUUGGGUUGAGUUAUAUUUCUGCUCUACCAGAAGAUAAGGGAGUUGACUUGUACGUGUUGGAGAAAGCUUUUCUCAGCACUCAUCCCAAAACAGAGACUUUGUUUGAGAGACUUCUGAAAAGUUACACUGCUUCAUCAAAAAAGUCCUCUGCAGUCAUCAAGAAACUAGAUGAAGUUCGGCUGAGAGGACGAAAGAGGUCUAUGGUUGGAUAAAGUGCAUUAAACAGUAUAUUAAAAUUGUUACACAGGAUUUGCUACAAGCUUGUUUGAUGUUGGAAGUGUAGUCAUCUUUGAAGUCUAUGAAUGUGUAGGGUUUUUUUUGACACAGUGAACAACGUAAUGAGUGGUUUAAACAAAUUCUCCAAUUCAAUCUGGAUGCAUAACAGACAAAUGCACACUCUUGUCUGAAGACUGAUUCACAUGUGGAAAUCUACUGAUUCCAGCUGAUGUAUGUACCCCCUGGUUGAAUGUUGGUCACAGAGUUAUCUUUUUUUUUUCUUACUGUACCGGGUUUCAUCUAUAGGUAAAUGUAGUGCAAUAGUAAUUACCCAAAAAAUGCCACUGUUUUUUUUUAGCCCACCUAAAAAAUAUGUGUGAUGUUAAACAUGUAAAUAAACAUGUUCAGCGUGCUUCAAAGACCUGGAAAUGGAACCAAUAAAAACUGGAUUCAAAUUUCA